AUGAAAAUGGGCUGUAUAAGUAGCAAAACAGAUAUAAAUGACAGACACCCUAAUAUUUUUCAAGUGACAAAUGUUGAUGAUCAAGGGAAGAAGAUAAAGUCUGGAAAAUUGCAAGUAACCGAAACAGACCUAGUUUUUUACCAAAGAGGAAAGAAACCGACCAGAUGGCCUCUCAGAGCUUUGAGAAAAUAUGGAUUUGACACAGAUAUUUUCAGUUUUGAGUGUGGUAGGAGGUGUCCGACUGGACAUGGUAUAUAUGCUUUUAAAUGUAGAAAAGCAGAACAGUUAUUUAAUCUUGUACAGCAAUAUAUUUCAGGCAACGUAACAGAAGAUCCAAAUGUUAACCACAAUGACGUCCACGCCAGCAACGGCCAAAUAUUAGUUACUAGAAGACCAAAUUCAAAUGCUCAUUUCCAAGCUCAAACUGAGGGCUACCUGAAUCCGGUAUCAGUACCACCUGUAACAAGACCAGUUGUUGGAAAUAGUCGACCUGGUUCUGUGGGUAGCAAUGGUCCAUUGAGCCCUACAUUAUCCCCUCCACCCUUAAGUGAUGUAUCCACUGAGCAUAACAAUAACAAGAGAGGCAGCUUGAUACCUGAACCAACUUAUACCAAUAGUAUAGGGGUGGAGAACAGUGUUAGUUUUCAGCAGUAUAUGAACAUGGGUGGUGCUGAUACAGUUGGGGAUGUCAGUACAUCUCAUGUAUAUAUGAAUGUCGAUAUGCCCCAUUCUGUACCAGAAGACUUGGAAGAUCGCCAUUGCUACGCUAACAUCGGUGUCGAAGAAUUAGAGGCACUUCGACCUCCAGAUACGCCUCUAGUUCCAUGUGUUAAUCUCGAACAUCCCGUUGUAGAAGAAGUAAAUUAUGCAGAGUUGGAUUUGGACGGUGGUGGGGACGGCACUGUUAAGUCACCCCAGGCGGUUCCAGAAGGCCCUAGUAUAAAAGAAAAAUACGUAACAAUCGACUUUCAGAAAACGACAGCUUUAUCACAGUCAAUAAACCCCAGUAUGACAGUUGAAGAAGGGUGCAGGAAAACAAGGCACAAUUCUACUAUCAACUACAAUAGUUCAAUAAGCGAUUGA